UGAGACCUCUGGGGUCUUGAGGAACAGGGAGCUGGCUGCCUCACUCCAGGAAUUGCUCGGUCAUCCAACUCCUCCCCCCUUUCCCCCCCCUCCCUCCUUCCCCCCCUCCCAUUCCCCAUCCACCCAGGGGUCACUUACCAGGUCUGGACAAUCUUGAGAAAACAGAAACUCCCUACCCCCCUGGUGAGUGAGACAGGAGAGAGAAUGAGCAGAGGAGGGUCUUCAGGGAUCAAAAUGACCGAGCGGAGCCGGAGGACCUCGGAGGAGCGUAGGCUCUCGGAUGCAACACGGGUCCUGGAGUGGUUUGAGAGGAGACGUAACAAGGCCAUGCUCAACUCCAACAAGAAGGAAUCAGUAGUGAAUUCAAACAGGAAGACCUCUCUGAAAUGGACACUUCAGGACACUUCAGGGGCCCGGGACCGGAACCGCACGGAUUUGUCCAGGAGCUGCAGCCGGGAAACCCGGAUCAGCGAUCCACGGUCCCCUAAGAGAGCAAGCAUCGUUUCAGAUCAGCGAUCCAUCAAAGACAGCUUAGACGAGGCAAGCUCCCCCAGGCAGUCUUCCACCCGCCCUCAGAGCUGCGGCAGAUGCAGUUUCUCCAAAGGCCUAGACCCCAACAUGCUGCUCAUGCAAGACGCCACUUUGGGAUUCCCAUCUUUCCGCAAAGCCGCCCAGAAAGAGAGGAGCACGAGGGGCUUCGUGCUGCCCGAUUCCACCAGCGGCUUCCCGACGUUCGAGCGGAGGCUGAAGGACAUCCUGGAAAAGAGAGAAGCCCAGAAGCAUCAGGAUGCCACGGCUCAGGUGCAGAUGAAGCCGGAAGAGAUUCUGAGCUGCCGAUACCUACGUCUCUCCAAGAACAACAUCAAGACUUUGGUCAAGCUGUGUAAGGAUGCAGGGAUGAAUAUAGAGAUCCACCCGCACAUGACGGAAUCCGAACUUAAUGCCAAGACCAUAUUCAACAGAAACCCCAGCGUAUCCUUGUGAACUUCCCAGGCUCUGCCCGCUUCACCAGGCAAGCGGGCCCACCUGCCCCCUGCAACAUUCUGCCACCAGCACAUUGCACUCCUGCCUCCAUCCCGUACCCGUCCGUCGGAACCUCUGUUCCACAAUGAUAAACAGCAGCAACCAAAUGAACGGAGUAUUUUACUGUA